CUGCGUGCCUUCAUCUUGCUAUCACACUCCAUUUGCAAUCGCUGUCAUCUUCUACGAUACCGUUUGUAUUUCCAAGCCAAUUUCGAGAUGGUGGAUUUUUUAUAAACUCGUCUUCCACGCAGACACCACCAAUUCUCACCAUACACUAACAGGCCCUUGCCGCUCACAUACUUUCAUCUUCUAGGUACACCUUGUACUCCGUAGGAAAUCUCGCAAUCACAUUUUCAGCCUGUCACUGUCAUCUGCACUGGCAGCUACCCCAGAGAAGGUACCUUCUUAAAGAGGGGAUUUAGGAAGGAUCACAGCAAGGCGAUGGCUGGAUGUCCUCUCUGAAGAUCUUCAUUCGACGUUGCGCACAUGGCUUUAGGUCGUGUGCAGAAGGCCUCUUCAGGGUUCUCCUUCCCUGGAUUCUGUGCUGCAAUCGGGCUUUUCUUCCUGCUCUGGGCACUCUGCACCGUCUGCAAGAAACGGAAGAAGAGGAGGAUGCAGAAUAUUUUCACCACCCGAGCACCCAUUGUGGACGUGUCCCUGCUCCGCCAGACGCAGCUUCGAUCACUCAGUAAAUCUGACACCAAACUGCAUGAGAUCCAGAGAACCCAACCAGGAAACCCCCAGCUCAGACCAGUGAGUAUGGAUCCUGUCUGGAUGUGGCAGCGCCCUCCGUGUGCCACGCCAUCUGACGCCACUUACUCUAACCUGUUGUACAACACAAAACCGCAACACACCGGUCUUUAUGAAAGAGUGAACACACCGUCAGAACUGGAGGGCUCAAGGUGUCCCCCGUCAGAGAAUGCAGUGACUGAUGAGUAUGCAUGUGUAAGGAAGCUGAAAAAGGGGGGGGACACCUCAGCACCCCCUCAUGUUACUCACCCCUGUCCUAUAAACAGACCAGAUGGGCUAAAGAUUGAAGAUAUGUACUCGAAGGUACACAAGAAAAAGAAAUCUGAAGAUAACAUAAAUGUUUGCAGAAGUACAGGGAAUGUUCCCGGGAAAAACACCAGGAGCUCUGAGCAUAUUUCACCUCCGAAGGUCCUAGCAAUGCAAGCCGAGGAAAACUUAUACGAAAGUAUCUGUGAGAUGAGCAGCCAUGCUAAUGGGCUAGAACAGGAUAUUACAGAGUUCUAAGCACCAUCUCGCCUUCACACUAAUAUUUGCACUGUUGAUAAUUGCUGAACUUGGAGAGCGAGGGGGUGAGGAGCUCAAUAUAUAUGGGAUCUCCCAAAACGAGAAUGGGUCUGACGAAAUGUCUGAGAUAUAGGUAAAAUAAAGAAUUUUACUAUGAGCUGUAACGAGAUUUCUGAUACUGUGUGAAUACAUGGAGGGGUGAUGUGUGCUGUAGUAAUUAAAAAAAAUGUACAAAAAAAAAAAGCGAUAAAAGCCCUACAUCGCCCAAUAAGCAUAUAUUUCUACACAAGGUAAUUUGGCAACUGAGUUAAAACUUCUAUUAGACGGACACAUAGCUUCAUUCAUGUUUUUUAAUGAAUCAGGAAAAAAACAAACUUGACAGCUGUGCAAAUAUUAGUACUAUCCUGCCAAAUUAGAUACAGUUGGCUAGUAUACUUGAUGGUUGGCAAGUGAUCAUUGCUAUAGGCCACCAUUCACGGCACUACAGAUUAUUUUUUUCCUGAGAAAAAUAUUAAAUACACAUCGUGAGAGUUUUAAAAUGUUAUGUUAACUUCUGCUCAAAUAAAAUGUAUUCAUCCUUAUCUUGGGAACUCUCAAGCCUACAUUUUAGCUACCUGUCAAUCACGGUUAUAAACUCUGCCCUUCCCACCUGUCAGUCAGCAUAGUGAGUGUGCCCUCACUGUGCCAGGGUAAAAGCGGGACUGUGACCAAGUGUUUACAAUGUAAGGGACCUGCGUGUCCCAAAGUGACGCAGAUUGUUUGGGGACCUGUGAGUCUCACCAAUGCAUGUCGGUUACAAGUUAU